AUGCCCUCCCACUCGCUAGCCUCACCCACUCGUCACUCACCUCCCUCCCAGAUCCCCUCCCUCGUCGCCGGCCUCUCCGCCCCGUCGUCGCCGACCCCCCCUCCCCUGUCGUCGCCGGCCUCUCCUCCUCCGACCACGAUUUCUCCCACGGCCUGCGCCAGAAACCCACCACGAUUUCUCCCAGGUCCAAAGAUCGAUAUUUUAGGCGCCGGCAACGAGCUUCUAGGCGGCGGAGGCGUUGGUUCUGCGUGCGCCGGUGCUACUGCGACGGCCGGCGGCUUGCGUGUCAAGCCCGUCGCCCUGCUUCCCUCCGACGACCCCGACGCCGCCGCCUGCCCCCCGUGCGGAGUUGGCGGUGGCGGUGGAGAGCCCGCAGCCAGCGGCGUGGGACCAGUUCAAGGAGGAGGUGUGAUCAUGGAGGAGGACGGUGGCGGUGCAGCAGCAGCUGCUGCUGAUGUAGGGGAGCUGUUGACCAGGGAGAUCAAGAAGAGGUUGCUGGUCCAUGCCCGUGAGAAUGGGAAUGGCCAUGUCCAUGUCAAUGGAGGAGAAGCAGAGGAGCUCUAG